GGAAAUAUGCAGCAGCAAUCUUUCUAGAAGUCUGUAGCAGUCUGUCGCUAGCCCACGCUAGCUAGCUUUAUCUGAGUUAGUGUUGGCCAUACACAGCCAGCCGCUGCACUGAACAGAACUACAUAUUUCCGAAAAGAGCAGCCUUCUUUUGUUGUAUGCUUUUUGGAUUCAAAAUUCGGGUGAGCUUCGUUUAGCCCACGAACUUAGCCGAGUCAUAUUCCAAGCUAACGCUGUUUACGUUAGGUUCUUGCUGGCAUUAUGUCCAGAAUAGACUACAGCGUGUGGGACCACAUUGAGGUGUCAGACGAUGAAGAUGACACCCAUCCAAACAUCGACACACCCAGCCUCUUCAGAUGGAGACACCAGGCACGUGUGGAGCGGAUGGAAGAAUUUGAGAAAAAAGGUGAAGAAUUUAACAAGGCACUCACUGACUGCCGGCGUAAGCUAGCAGAGACACAAAAGAAAGUACAAGAGCUGACCAUUUCAGAAACAGAUGAUGCCAAAGCAGAGCUCAGCAAAGCCCAGACUGAGGAGAAGAAACUGAAAAAAGAGGAACGUGAGUGGGCGAAGAAGAUGGAUGACCACAACCGAGAAGAGAAGAAGAUGCCAUGGAACGUGGACACGCUCAGCAAGGAUGGUUUCAGCAAGAGCGUUGUUAAUGUCAAACCUGAAUCUAAUGAAGAGACUGAAGAAGAGAAAGAACAAAAGCAUAAAACCUUCGUGGAGAAAUAUGAGACGCAGAUCAAACAUUUCGGCAUGCUGCGACGUUGGGAUGACAGCCAGAAGUACCUGUCUGACAACCCUCAUCUUGUAUGUGAAGAGACUGCCAACUACCUGGUCAUCAUGUGCAUUGACCUUGAAGUCGAGGAGAAACAUGCAUUGAUGGAGCAAGUGGCUCAUCAGACCAUCGUCAUGCAGUUUAUUCUAGAGUUGGCUAAAAGCCUCAAGGUGGAUCCACGCGGGUGCUUUCGUCAAUUUUUCGCCAAGAUUAAGACAGCAGAUCAGCAAUACCAGGAAGCUUUCAAUGAUGAGCUGGAGUCAUUUAAGGAGCGGGUUCGCAGCAGGGCGAAGAUCCGCAUAGAAAAGGCCAUGAAGGAGUAUGAGGAAGAGGAACGACAAAAGCGUAUGGGACCAGGAGGGCUAGAUCCUGUUGAAGUGUACGAGUCCCUGCCAUUGGAGAUGCAGAAAUGCUUUGAUGAGAAGGACAUCCAAAUGUUACAAGAAGUUAUUAGCAAAAUGGACCCAACAGAGGCGAAGGCUCACAUGAAGAGGUGCAUAGACUCAGGGCUCUGGGUCCCCAACUCCAAGACAGACGAUGGGGAUACAAAAGAGGAAGAUGCUACCUAUGAGGAGGUGAAACAGGAGCAGGAAGAAACUAAGAAGGAAUGACCAAUGUUGAUCCUAUCAGUUGUUGCUUGUGCAAAUGUACUUACCCACUGUAUUGCAACUCCACUAUGUGUAUGACUAGUUUGCCAAUCAAGGAACAAUGAAAUAACUUGAUGAAAAUUUUUAGCUGAGACUUAAGGGAUUACUGUUCACUGAACUACACAACUAGAUUGCAUCAGUAUCUCCUGCUUGGAAAAUAAACGGCUGGUUGUGUUUAGGUCUUUUAUUUGUUUGGACAUCACAAAAGUUGUAUUCUUACAUUUCUUUGUAUUCACCUGUUUAUUUGUGUGGGUAUGUAGGUGUACACAUGCCUGCAUAUAAUUGUUUUGUUUUUCAUUUCAUUUACAAAUUUAAGAUGUGUCUGACUUUCAGGGCUUGAGUAAACAAUUAAUUGAGA